UCAAUAGGCCUGUUCGUUUGGUCUGCACUGCUGAACUGGUGCGAUAAGUUAAAGUGAGACAAACGUAGGUUUUCUCACUCUAACUUGUUGCACCAGUUCAGCUUCAGCAGUGCACACAAAACGAAUAGGACUAUUGAUAGCGUUCAGUGUGUUUUAUAACCUAUCAUUGCAAGUGGCACGAUGUCAUCUGUGUGAUCAGCGGAACGUGAGAUUUGUAUCAUCUCACAUGUAGUUAUUCAGCUUAUUUCCAUUUUGGCUUCAAUUAAAAAGUUUUCGCCGCGUCAUUCAGCCGUAAUAUCAAAAAGCGCUAUCGAGAUUUAUUCAUGAACAGCAUAGGCGAGGCGUGCAACGAGGCAAAACAUCAGUAUGACUCUUGCUUCCAUACGUGGUUCUCUGAAAAAUUCUUGAAAGGUGCUCUGCGAGCUUUUGACAUAUGAGAAAGAUAGAAAGAGUGCAACAUGGAGGAUUGCAGUGAAUUGAAACAAAAGUACGAUGCCUGUUUCAAUAGUUGGUUCUCUGAAAAGUUUUUAAAAGGGGAUACCAACGAUUCAAUGUGUGCUUCUUUGCUUAAAGUUUAUAAAGAUUGCGUAGCGAAGGCCAUGAAAGAACAACAUAUUGAGCUCAAAGAAAUGGAGACAAGUUACUUAGAAUCUGAAAAGGAGAAGAAGCCACACAGUUGACAAGGAAAUGCUCAGAAUAUGUACUUGGCUCAAAGUUGCAUUGUAUAUAAUUCGUUUAAAAAUCAUUGGCAGUAAACUUAUAGUAAUUAUAUCUUAUUCCUGCUUCUUGUUAGGGAACAAAAUACUUUGUUUUCAAUUAUAUUGAUAAAAUUAUUGUUAUCUAAUUCCAUAUCUUGUAUUUACUGUUGCAAAACUUGUUUACUCUUGUAAUCUUACACAUACUUGUAGCAUUUAAACACACAAGUUGUUUCAUGGUGGACACCAUGUAACUGUUUUCACAUUACACUCUGUAGGAAAUCAUUGCAGAAUUACUUGGUUGUAUCUCAAAUAGUGUGUAAUUUUUAUUGAAUUUUCUCAGCUGUUUUUUUUUUAUCUUAUAAACAAAUUUGUACAAAGAAUGAGUGUUAAAAACAGUGCACUAAGUGCAGUGUACUAAAUGAUAAUAAUAUAGAUAUUUUAUGAUUCAUAGAUGUAGAAUUCUUAUUCCUGACACACCGGUCUUUUUUUUUACCAUCAAGAAGAGAUACAUUUGUCUGGAUGACAGAUAUUCAAUCAUAAUCGAUUACGAAUAUUAAAUUAUCUGUUGAAGAUAUUUGAUUGAAACGAAUGUUCUAAUACGUUGCAAUAUCUACUAUUUUGACACACAUGUAUGCCCACAAGUACACACACACCUGUCUCUCUUCCUCACUUCAUGUUGACUCUCAUAUUUUUAUAUUAACAUUAUUAUUAUAAUUAAAACUUUAAUAAACGUUACAAACGUAACAUUUCUAA